AUGAGAGAAGAAAAUAGAUCAACAAGGGUGCGGAACAGACCCAAGCCACAGCCUGCAAAGAAAACAAGGGUUAAUGCUCAGAGGUUUGUGACUCUCUUUGAUGUUAAAUUUCUUGUUGUUAAUUUGAUGUUCACCCUUUCACUUUCAAGAUCUCAAUUGUAAUUCUCCUUACUGUCCACCAUAUAAUUACUAUGAUGUUAUGUUGGAGAAUUUGGCAUCAAAUCAACUAAUAGCCCCCCCAUUGUUAUCUUUGUUAAUUCUCAUCACUUGUCAACUUGAUAAUGUCUUGAUAUUGUGAGGAGAAAUUCUGUCUUGAUCACUCUUGGGAGUUUAAGGGUUGAUAGAGGUUUAGUCUCUUUGCUUGUGAAACAUUCCAUCAGGCAAUAAUGUAGUUUUCUGAACUUGAAAUUUGAAUGAAACAUUUCUGUUUUCAGCUUAUAGCAAGAAUGAAAAUAUUUGGUUGGUUUGAUGCCAAAAACCCUUGUCUCUUUUUUUUUUUGGUGAUUUUUGUGUCAUAUUUUAACCAAACAGCACACAAUGAAUCUGGAUAAGUCAAAAUAAUACAAUAAGAAAAUGGAGACGAAAAAGCUGGAGGAAUCUUUCUGUUUUGAUGUACACUUUCUUCCCUUACAAUGCACUUUCAGCUGCUUGUCCUUGUGACUUUUUGGAAAAUGCAAAAAAAAUGUUAUACUAUUUUGUUUGUAUUUAGGAUUAGAAGUAUGAAAAUAAUCUUUUAAUCUGUGUGUUAUGACCUCUGGGGGAAGGAUGAAAGGUUUUAUAUUAGAUUUCUAAAGCUAUUCUUAACAGUUAUUUUUAGAAUUUAUAUUGUUUGAUGGUGUGGUGCUUCUGAGAGCAGAAAUUAAAUUGGAUUGAGACAUUUCUUUUUUUUAAUUUCCAGAUGUAGAAUCAAUUAUUUAAUUGGAUUUACUGUGAUAUUUUUGUUCAAGAUCACGGCCGUUAAUUACUUCUAUAAUAAAUGAUUUAACCCGCUGAACACCAUGGUUUGACAACGCAAGGGAAGAGUGCAGAAAAAAGGGGAUUCCCACUGAAUUUUUGGAGUGUCAAAUGUUGCGCAUGAAAUCAUACAACUUGACGCAGAUGUGUGUGUUAUUGUCGUGCUUGAAUGAAUGUUUAAUUGGUUUAAAGAUAUUUUUAGUUAAUUGAUGAAAUCAAACCUUGAUUGAUGGUUCUGUUGGGGAUUGAUUACUUAGAGUUUGACCAAAUUGGUUUAUGUUGCUCAUUGGACAAGUGGGUCCUCCUCAUUAUUGUGUUAAUGCGAUAAAUUUAUCACUUGACCUUUGUGUUUUGUUAUAAGUUAUUGAAGUUUUUUUUUUUCUUCUGCAAACUGUUCUAUUUUCAGUAAGUUGAAAUCUCCUAUCAGAGCUUCACCGAUUGGUUCCUGCACUGAGAGUAAUCUAAGUGUGGAACAUGAGAACAUGAUGGUGAGAUAUCUUGUAUUAUGCAAUAUACUUAGUUUGAUUAUGUAAACUCCAAGGAUGUUUCACCUGCUUAUUCCUGAGAUCUGAAAUGUGCUUUAAUUCUCCUUCUCAGGUGCAUUGCAUUUUAUUGUAAAUUAGUUUAGGAACAUCAUGUACUAUUUGUCUGCAAAUCUCUCAUUGAAAUUUUUUGUCUAUUUGGAUCACCUGUUUGCAGAAUAAUGCAUUGAUAUUGUAGGGAGUAGUUGAUUGUUAACUGUGCAAGCUGAAGGGUUUGAUGAACAGUAUAUUCAUUAGAGAUUUCUAUAAAAAAAUUUUCCAGCCUAAUUUUGUUGACCUUUGUCAUUUAUUGUCUAGAUGUGUAAUAUUCUUCCUUUUCUAGCCACUUCCUCCUGUAACUAAAUUUUGCAAUGAAGAACCUGAAUAAAUUUACACAAGCUGAGGUGUUAUUUUUUCUGAUCAUUACAGGAGAUGUCAUCGUACUCUGUGCCUCUGGAUGGGCAGCCAUUGUAUGAUAAUUUGACACCUGAUGGCUUUGGAGUUAUAAAACAACCAACAGUGGACCAAGAUGAAGAACUGUAAGGAUUGAUUUUCCUUCCUUUUUCAUUCUUCUUCUUAGUAGCUCUUACUUUGAGCGAGUGAUGAAACAGAAAAAACAAAACAAAAAAACAAACAAACAAAAAAAAUAUCUCUUUCAUUGAUCAUUUGUUCAUUUCUGUUGGAAAAUUAGUAGUAAAAUAAUCAGUAUUUUAUAUUCCUUCUCCUCGAUUUUUACUGAUACAUGUGCACACAGUUUAUGUUUCAUUGCAAGACCUUACUUGUUUGGAGAGAAGAAACAAAAAACCCAUAUAUGGAACAUGGCGAUCAGUACAUAAGAAGUUUUUAUGUUCAUUGCAGAAACAGCUGCAUGUACAUUCAAUAAAAGGUGUUCUGUUACUUGCCAGGAUAUUUUCCAACUCUAAUUCAAAGUGCUUGGAGAAUUUUAGUUGGUGUGUAACUGUCACUAUUUACACAGCUGACAUUUUAAACAGCAAAAGCUGAGGUGUUUCAAUUUUUUCAAGGGUGUUCACAGGCAUGGGUGAAGGGAGCCUGAUGAUGUUUGUUUGUGCAGCUUAAUGCUAAAACUUUUCUGUUUUGGAAGACUUGAACAAGUUAUACAAACUUGUUUUGUGUUGAGGUGCGAGUUUUCCAAAGAAGCCUCUUUUCUCAAGCUGUGUAAAUUUUUCUAAAGCAACAAUUUGUACCAUGAGCAACAGAAAGUAAAGCUUGCAGAACUUAGUCAGUGAUGUUAUGACCAAGUGUAUUUUAUAAGUAAUUCAAGUUUGAGUCAUUUUAUUUUUUUAAAUUAUUCUCUUUUAUCCAGAGAAAUCAUCACCACCAUCAUGAAAUAAUAAGAGAUUUAAUUAUAAAAAGAGAAAGAUUAAGAUCAACCUCCACUGUAGAAUGAUUGGAAAAAGGCUUAGCACACUUAACUCCCUUCCAGCUGCUAGAUUUGUUUCUGUACCAAACUCUGUCAAACAUUUUCAUUCAAACAGGGCUAAAAGCAAAACAUGCUCAUUCUGCAAUUGUGGUGUGGAGAAACGUAUGUUCCACGGCAAACUCCAGAGGUAUGCACCCACUCCAGGAUUCAACCCAGUCAAAAAGCUCCAAAACAGACACAGACAGAACAGUGGAUGUGAUCCUUUCAGAGACCGGUUUUAUGUAGAUCCUUGUGACACGGGACAAUUUGCUGAAGAUCACCCGGAACCUCCACCUGUAGUAACUCGCCGCGGGCCUGGCAGACCACCUGGACGUGGAAGGCGGAAGGGAAUUGUGGUUGUAGGUUUGCCAUUAAGAACUGGUAACAAUGACACUACAAUUGACAAGACCACAUAUGGGACAGUAAAGGAGAAGGAGCUAAGCGAUGUUUUUGAAGAAGAUGGUUACACCUGGGCCCAUCACUGCUGUGCAGCUUGGUCUGAAGGAGUCAGCCAGACAGAUUCCUAUGAUUUAAUCAAUGUUGACAAAGCAGUUGUUAAAGCUAUGUCAGAGGUAUGUCAUCAACAUUUUUUCUAGUUCUCUCUAAAAAAAAGUCUUCUAAAAACACCCAUAGCUGUUCAUUAACCCUUUAACUUCCAAGAUCUGAUUGUUAAUUCUCCCCUCUAGCUGCUACACAUUUCCUUGUAAAUUAGUUGUGAGAACUUGGUGCUACAUCAAGAUGGCAGCUUCUGCCUGAUAAGUUUGAAUAUUCUCAUUACCUAUUUGCUGAAUAAUGUGUGGAUAUUGUAGGGAGAAGUUUUAUGUUAAUCACUUCUGGGAGUUAAAGGGUUAACACAAAGUUCAACAUAGGCAAAGUUUCUGACAAUCAGUGAGCCUUUUUUUUCUUUUUGUUUCUCUUCUUUGUCAACAUGGUUUUGAUUUGUACAAAUCUUUAAUUUUUGCCAGAGAUUAAUGGAGUAUUUCUAAGGACAUUUUUUCCCUUAGAACUAUGUUUUGGAGUCUGUUCAGUGAUUAUUUUUAAUUUGCUUUUUAUGAUUUUACUUUUUCAGCGAUGUAAUCAUUGCAAUCGGUUUGGUGCAAGUGUCGUUUGUCAAAUCCCACGCUGUGGAAAGACCUAUCACUAUCCCUGUGCAGCAAGUAGUGGUUCUUUUCAGGUUUGUCUAACUAAAGUACUCAACCACGUAGCAACAACUGCUGACACUUUUCUCAGAAAUUCAUAAUUCUCUUUUAGCCAUCACCACUGAGUGAGUGAAUGUUAUUUUAUCAGUACCAUGAGAGUUAAAAGCCCCUGACUCUUUUUUGGGAAGGUGACAAACUAAAGGCAACCCUCUGGCAUCAUGGCUUCCAACAAAAUUUCUUCAUCUAAGAAUUACUAUCACCAUAUGAUCAAAGCACAAGUAAUGCUGUUCUUUUUAUCAUCAUACUUUCCCUGUUUUUGAUUAGAACAAACAGACAUAGCUGUAGAAGGAGAAUUCCCAUGUUGAUCAGGUUCAAGUCUUUACUGAUGUCCAUUUUGGGAUGUUUUCACUUUUAUGUAAAUAGAAACCUGCUGUGACUCCCCUUUAGGUUCUUGUCUUUCUCAUAAGAAAAAAUUUUUUUUCUCAAACAGGACAUUAAAUCUAUGACCAUGUUAUGCCCAGAUCAUUUGGGAGAUGCAGGACAUCUUGGUAAGUGAAUUUUAAGCUAACAGGCAGAUAAUUCCAUGAAUAAAAGGAGAAAUAAGGUAGCAAAAAAUUGGUGUGGAUGUUCUUGUGUACAUUAUGCCAACAGCAUUUCGCAAUGUAAGUAUGUGUAGAACCCUUGUAUAUUUAAUGCGACUACAAUGCUAUUUGCCCAUUCACCCAUUCACCCAUGGAAAAAAAACUAAGCAAAAGCCAAAAGAGUUUAUCAAACAAUGUCUGGAAUUAUAUUUGUGGCCAACAAAGUUGAUAUCAAUUGCAGGUCGAUGGAGUUAUUUAAUGAUUGUUUUACACAGUAUUUUGAGUAAAACAAGGAUCAGGCCUAUUUAACAUAGGUUGUAAAAGACAAUCUAGACAAAUUUACUCAAGAAAGUCUGGAGAAAUUUGAUUAGGAUUAAAUUGCAAAAGGAUUCUCACAAGUUAACUGCAGUCGAAGGAAUUGUGGAAAGAGAAGCCUGAGAAAACUUGGGUGUUAACCCUUUCACUCCCAAGAGCUAAUUAGUAAUUCUCCUUACUAUCUGCCAUACAAUUCUUAUGAUGUUAGUUCAGAGAAUUUGGUAUUGGAUCAACUAAUAAUCCCAUAAUUGAUAUUCUUCUCUAUUCUCAUCACCUACCUGCUUGAUAUUGUAUAGAUAUUGUAAGGAGAAAUUCUGUCUUGGUCACUUGUGGGAGUGAAAGGGUUAAUGGGGUUGAGAUCAGUGUCUCUUGGGUACUGGUUGGGUGUUACCAGUGACUGAACCACAGAGCAACUCUUUGGGAGCAAGGCAAAUUUUAGUGGAUUCUUUUUCCCUGUAAAGAAUUGUAAUAAAUCAGCUUUAUUUAGUAGUCAUGAUGAAACUCUGUAACAGUUGUCUUCAUUUUUAUUUGAUUUGUUUUGUUUUGCAGCUGGGGGUGAAGCUGAAUGUGUCCUCUGUGGGGAUGCCAAGGAUUUUUCAGAACAGAUAUUCUGCACAAGUUGUGGUCGCCAUUAUCAUGGCCGGUGCCUCGAUCCUUCUGUCGAUUUAACUCCACUAAUAAGAAUGGGCUGGCAGUGUCCAGAUUGUAAAGUCUGUCAGGGUUGCAGGUGGGCUGAUUUUCUUUACUUGUUCAAUGGUGAAGUUUGUGUCUUGUAACAUGUUAUGUGCCAAAUUUUUACAACAAAUUCACUGUCUGCUAUUCAUGUUUCAACUUUGACUUAAGUUCUGAGAAUUUUUUUGUGAAAUUGGCAGCAUUCCAUCGUUGAUAAUUUUCUAAAUCUUGUCACUUGCCUCUUUGAAUGUGUAUUUUCUUAAGGAUCAAACCUCUUUCCAAAUUGGAAUUCAGGAGUUUGUUCCUCACCAUGAGUCUCUAUGGCAAUUCUUUCAUGUUACUGGGUGCACAUUUUGAAUUGGAGAUUGGAGUUAAUUUUUCAUGAGAUGUGGAUAAUAUUCUUGUCUCCUUUUCCUACUCCUGCUACCUUCUCUUGUUAAAAAGAAGUCUUGAUUUUAACCCCAUGUACCUUAAUUAAUUCUUCUAAUGACCUUAAUGUUUGAUUUGGUUGUGAUAGUGUGAGGAGAAAUAACAUGUUAGUCAAUCUUAGGGGUCAGGGUGACUUUGUUAAUUUCAUUUGGCCUCUGUUCUUUGGCUUGCUGUUAUCUCUUCAUUAUUGUAACAUCAUCAAAGAAACCAUCAGUUUCUCUAUCCCCCGUUGUAUCUGAGGUCUCGUGCUAUGAUUUUUUUACGCUGCUUAUUUGUAUAUGAUAUUUGCAGGCAACCUGGUGAUGACAACAGAAUGUUGGUUUGUGACUUGUGUGACACUGGAUAUCAUACAUAUUGUCUGGACCCUCCCAUGAGCACCAUACCCAAAACUGGUUGGAAGUGUGUGGUGAGCAACUGAGAUUUUCUGCAUGGCCUUGUAACAAACUAAGAAUCAAGCGAUGUUGCAUUUCCCUGUAACAGGUUUCCUUGUAAAUUGUUAUUGCCAAGUGAGAGUUUUUGUGGUACAAAUUAGCAAAGAAAACUUGUCAGAAGUGACAUUUGCAGUGGUUGAAGUUUGCUUUAACCCUUAAAACUGUGAGUAAGUACUAAACAGGGAUGCUGUGACAAUGGUGACAGAGGAGGGUAGCAAUCUCAGUUCCAAAGAGGUAACCAUGGCAACUGAAACAUAGCCCAUCUCAAGGCACCUGUCAACACAACACUGACAAAUGUGUCCGAGGAAGAAAUGUCUAUACCCAAAAAUAUGGUAUGAAGGGAAACCAAUAAAGCAACCUAGCAAAGUAAAUUGAGUUAAGGCACAUGGCAGUGCAAUGUGUUAGGGUUUGGACAGGGAGGAUUUUCACAGGAAGUCCUGUGUAACCGAUUUAAAUGCAGCUUUUUCUCAGAAAUUUGCCUCUCAAUUCCUCUUUCUUCUCUCUGAUAGGCCUGUCGUCGAUGUGAAGACUGUGGUUCAAAUACUCCUGGAGGUGGGCCUACUUCUCGCUGGCACCAUAAUUUUUCAGUGUGUGAUAGUUGCUAUCAACAACGUAACAAAGGUCUGUUUUGUCCUCUGUGUGGGAGAGCGUACAGACAGUUCACUGAUGUGGCCAUGGUGCAGUGUCUCUCUUGUGAGAAGUGGAUCCAUGCAAGCUGUGAUAACAUUGAUAAGGAAGAAUAUCAAAAGUAUAAUGCCAAGGAGUUUCCAUACUUCUGUCCAAACUGCAAGCCAAAGAAGGGAUCCUUACAGCUGUUGGUGGGUGGUAUUCUUAGAUCUGUUUUUACUUCAUGAAAAUUGUUUUCAAAAAGGAGAAAUGGAUGACCUCAACAAAAAUUACAUAAAUGACUGUCUUCUUUGCCUUUCUUAAAUUUUAUAUCUGUCAUAAAUAAUUCAUUCCCUGGAUGGCUCUUCUUUCUUCUCUCUCUCUCUUUUUUUUUUUUUUGUUUGUUUUUUUGUAAAGCUGAGAUUAUAAGGCACAUUACACUAGGUUGUAAAAUAGGGCAGUAGACAAGAGUAAUCCAGAUCAAUUUUAAAUAUCAUACUUUGUUAAUAAUUUCAUCCAUACAAGUCCUGCUGUCUUGAAGACAGGAGAACCUAUGGGUCGGGUUGUCGAUCUCAACAAUAGAUUCUGUCAAUGUAUCAGAGUGAUUAAUUGCUGGCCUUGUAACAUGAACUAAACAGCUCUGUUUGUUUUGUCUUAGGACAAGAAUCAUGGACUAGACCUAGCAUUUACUGAGCAGCACAACCAUAUGGACAUAGCUAAUCUUGACUGUCCGCCAGAAGAAGACAAGCGUACACUAACUAUUGCAGCAGGCCGCAUGAGCCCUUGUAACAUAGAUGAUGACCUUCUUUUGGGUCCUCAUCUGGAUGAUAUAAGUGCACUGCGUCAUUUUGACCCUGUUCUUGAUGACACAGAGACCAUUCCUAUGCCAAACCUUGACAACAUUGAGCCUGAGAAGUUGCAGCUAAGUGAAAAGUUACCACUGGAUGAGGAAAUGGAAGUUGUUGUGAAGCCAGAUCAUGAGUUGGAUUUAUUGACACACACAGCUGGUCUUACAGAGCCGUGUUCCUUGCCGUCACUUUCAGUAACAAACCAGUUAAUGGACAGACAGCUCACUGUUCCCAAGGCUCCUAUGCCCAACUACUAUUCACCAAGAAACUAUCACCCCCCCAAGCUAUCAGGAAAGAGGAAGUUGUCAAGCAAAAUCAGGGUUCGUUUAUUUGCUUCUUCACGAAGAUUUAGUUAACUGAAAGAAACUACUGUACAUUGCAAUUUGAAAAACUUAGUGAAACACAGCCAACACCUUUUAACUUUUUCAUUCAUACCUUUUUUUUUUUAUCUGUACUAUUCUUAUCCACACUUGCUUUUAUUUAUUUUAUUUUUUUUUCAUUAACAUCUUAAAAUGUUUUGAUCCCAUGUGCAUGUUUUUGGUUUCCCCUAAGGGGACAGUCAGUAGUGCAGCUUGGAGAUUCAAGGUGAAAUUCUGGGUGGUAGUUUUUUGAAGCAAGUAAUUGUUUUUCUUGUUUAGGCUAAGUCAGGUGGAACUCCUGCAAGGAAGAAAUCAAAACAUGGUAAACCAGGUCCAGGUCGUCCGCCCAAUAAGCUUAAGCACAAAGCAGCACCACAAACAUCCCCUGGCAAAGAGAAUGUUGUAAGUUGUAAAUCUAUGAUUCAGGUGGAUUUUGUGUUACAGUGCAGGUGGUAUGUGCAGAGCACAGGGUUGUAGAUCGUGAACUUUACCUCCAGAGUCAUAGUACUAUCUUGCUACUUCAAGUUUUCAGUGUUUGUUUCUAUCAGUCUCCUCAUACAAGCAAUUAUCACUGGUGUCUUCUGUAAUUGGUUACUGUUUCCAUUUAGACCAAAAAAAAAUCCUCAAAAAACAAUAAUUUUGUGGGGGAAAUCUUUUGUCAGUUAUCCUUUAAAAAUACAGGUUUUCAAUGAAUUCACUGACUCUAUUUCAAGUGGACCUUAAUCCUUUCACUCCCACAAGUGACCAAGACAGAAUUUCUCCUUACAAUAUCAAUACAAUAUCAAGCAGGCAGGUUAUGAGAAUAGAGAAGAAUAUCAAUCAUGGGAUUAUUAGUUGAUCCAAUACCAAAUUCUCUGAACUAACAUCAUUAGAAUUGUAUGGCAGAUAGUAAGGAGAAUUCCUUAAUAGAAAUUGGGAGUGAAAGGGUUAACAAGAGACAAUUCAUGCUCUGUAGUUAAGCCUGAUCAAAUUUGAUUCCUUUAAUAUUGUUUUGUUAGCCUGUAUUGCAUGUAACUGAUUUACUCUUUUUCCCCAGCCAAAGGCAGCAAAUUCAUUAGUUCAGACCAGCAAGGAAGAAGAAUCAGAGAGCUUGCACACUACUCUUGUGCUGUUCUCAGCCGAUGAUGAAUUCACCACAAAACAGGACAUGUGCUUGUGCUGUGGAAGUUUUGGCAAGGGUCCAGAAGGACAACUGAUAAUGUGCUCACAGUGUGGUCAGUCUUACCACCCUUACUGUGUUGGUGUAAAGGUAUGGGACUGUGGAAAUCAGUUUUCAAGUUCUCCAUACUAUUCUUUGUACAUUUCUUGUUACUUACAAGAAGAAUUUGUGAAACAUUUGAGAUCUUGAUGAGUUCAUUCUAAGACAUUGACGAGCAUUUGAUCUUGCAUAGGUCAACAAAGUGAUCUUGACAAAAGGCUGGCGCUGCUUAGAUUGUACCCUCUGUGAGGGGUGUGGCAAAGGAAGUGACGAGGCUCGUCUUCUACUCUGUGACAGCUGUGAUAUCUCAUAUCACACUUAUUGCCUUGACCCACCAUUAGGUCAUGUUCCUCAGGGUGGAUGGAAGUGUAAAUGGUGAGUAUGAACAAAGAUCAUAAGGCAGGAAAUAUUUUAUAUCAAUUCCAUGUGCAGAAGUGUGUAUUGCUAUUUGAUAGAUGUGUGUUGUUUUUUUCAUCAUGCGUGUUCUACAUGGUAGAUUUUCAGCAACUUGAAACAUACUUGUCAGUUUCAGCUGCAACAAUAUAUGCAGAAAGUUGUGACAAAUUACUGGCAAAUCUGGAAGAAAUUUUGUGGUUUUGUGGUCUGUUGACCUUUUCACUCUCACAAGUUGCCAACUGGUAUUCAUUUGUUCUUACCAGUUUCAUAUGCUUCAAAGUAGACAAGUAGAUAGAAUUAAGAGCAUUUUGAACCAGGAAUAAUACUUUGAUGGAUGUGUAACAAAAAAUUCUCAACACAAGCUGACAAAGUAAGAUAUGUUAAUUGGUCAGGAGAAUCUUGACUUUGAAAGAGCUUACAGAACUGUUUUUCUGUCAGGUGUGUGACCUGUUUCGAUUGUGCAGCUACUACACCUGGAGUUGGUUGCCAGUGGAUGUCAAAUUACACUCAGUGUGGGCCUUGUGCUAGUAAAACAAUCUGUCCUGUCUGCAAAAUCAAGUACAACACAAAUGACCUUAUGAUACAGUGUGCACAUUGUGACAGGUACAUGAAGAUAAUUAUCAUUGUUGAUACAUGACACUGAGGAAUUAAAUGGUCUUGCCAUUGAUAUUACAAGUAGGAAGCACCUUUGGUGAUCCUGUUGUGUUACCCCCUUUUUAGUGUGUUUUAUUUGGGGAAUAGGUGGCACUUUUUAUUGAUUUUCUGGUGUGAUGUCAGUUUGUAAAUCACAAGCCAAAAGGUAAUUGCUAGGCAAAGCUUAGAAAAAUAACUGCAUAAGGAAAGCAAUUAUUUUGUCUGAACUAAUCAGUAUUUGCUGUUCGAUUUAAGUUUUCACUUGAAUGCCCAUGAGAAAAUUGCAUUUGUGGCAGAGUUACCAGAGUUGAACAUUGUUUCCUUCUUUUCCACCAGGUGGCUUCAUGGUUCAUGUGAUGGUCUUGUCAGUGAAGAAGAACUGGAUAGAGCAGCAGAAUAUGGAUAUCAUUGUUUAUAUUGUCGCCCGAAAACCAAGCGUGCACUUGUCGGUGUCAGUGGUAUGUCUUGUAGAACCUCCUCUGCUUCCCAACCUUUCCUCUCCUUCUUAUCUUCUGCUGGAUCUAACACUCUGCAGGGUUAGUAACCUCAUUUCUGUGCACCCCUCCACAAUUCCUACCUCAAUGCACUAAGAGGAGAGAAUCAUCACAAAGGCUUUGCAAAAGGAGUUGAAAACAUUCAAAGUUUCUCUUGAACCCUUUAAGUUUUUCCUUGACACUUUGUUGGAGCAUCAGACAACUUUGAACACUUAAGCAUCUCAAGAACAGCCAAUAUUUUGAUGUGGUGUCAUUCAUCAUUUCUAUUGGGAAUGCAUGAAACAGUCCUGAUUUUGUUCUCACACAUUUACUACAAAAGCAAACCUGUACUAACAGACUCUUGUACUUAGCGCACUAGGACGCCAGAAUUAAGCUCUUUGGUGACCUAAAUAAGGCACAUUUAACUUCAAUCUGAAGUUGGCUUUUCUCUCUGUGUUUCUUGCAAACUGCACAAGUCUUGAUUUGGAGGGUGUUAACGGAAACCUGUUCCUUAUCCAUUCUGUCCUAUCACUUGCACCAUCUGGUUCUCUAGUGCACUGCGUCUUGUUUCCUUUUCUUUACCAAUUGACUUCUCUUUAAUUUCCUUUAAUUGAUAUACAUUUUUUGGCAUGUUUGUUAAGGGGGCUAUGUAUUGAUGAGUUGUUGCCUUAUAUUCAAAAUCAAGAUUUAAAUUCUUAUACAUGUGUGUUCCCCUGUGGUAAAUUUAAUGGAUAUCUUGUACUGAGGACUUUUGCAUGUUUUGUUUGGAAAAAGAACUAUUUGGAGUUUGAAGGAUUAAAAACCCCAAGGACUGACAGAAUGGAUGUAACAGCCCUUUUCAGUGACAAAUGUUCAAGUCACUGCAACAUUAAUCCUCUUCAUGCAGCCUUGCUUUUCAAAGCUGUCAAUAUUCUUUCAGUAAUGAAACCAAACAGCGUACAUUCUCUGUACCAUUUCACUUGGGAUCAACAAAAGGGAGGGUUUUUAUCAGAAAAGUAACACAUUAGUGUAGAUGUUGUUCUAGAACUGGGGUGUAUGUCUCUCACCAGGUCCCCCAUCACCAAGGGCUACAGCUCUACACCAUUAUCGACCUCAGUCCCUAACUGAUGAUCUACAACCUCAACUAGAUGGGAAGCCUUUACAUCCUUGUCAGAGGGUCAACAACAAUUUGGUAGAACUGACACUAUCAAACCACUUCAACAAAGUGCAGAUGACAGCACCCUUUUCUGGGAACAAUGUGGAACUGACAGAGUCUGGUGUGCGGCAUAUGAACAGGCUGAAGUUACCACCAAGCAGUAGGAGGCGAGUGGUCAAGAGCAAGCUGAAACCCAAAAAGUUUGGUAUGCCCACUAGUCCAGUCAAACGAAACAGCUUUGCAGGCCACUGGCAGGACAAAGAUGCCAUUUUCAAUAGGGCUUUUGUGGAAGAUGGUAGCAUGGAUAUGGUGGAUGAUAUGGAGAGCCUUAGACACAAGUCACCUCUUGCUUCAUCUAGAGUCAGUAGACCCAGGCAAUCUAAUGUGGGGCGCCCAGGAGUUGGUGGAUUUGUGCUGCGUGGUCGUGGCUCAGGAGGGAGGAGAUUUGCUGGUCGUGGUGCUCGAGCAAAUAUGAAGAAGAAAGGGCCUACAUUUACUCCAACUGCACGAGGGCCUUCCAACUUGAAUCAUUUGGGAAAUCAGUUGUCGCAGGUAAUUAUUGCACUUUUUGAGACAAGUUGCACUUGUGACUCAUGGAAUUCCUUUCUUUAUCUUUUUCAUACUAAUUGAUAUAUUAUGGGUAGUUGUUUUUUUGGUCAAAUCUUACUGGCCCAUGUGAUUUUUUAUUUUCUCUUCAGUUGUGUUCGUUAUUAUAAUCCAACAUUAACAAAAGUAAAAUUAAAGUGGUUUGAAGAAUUUACUGUGUGAAAAGUUUGGCCAUAACAGAUAUGAGAAAAUUCGAAAAGUGCGAUUGAUAUAAAUUUACGUUAUAAAGUGGAUAGAAGAUAAUUGACUUUGAAUGUUUGAGACUUGCAAGUACUUUUUGGAGAGUGUAUAAUAACUUAUCAGAGCCGUAGACGGAAAUGAUGUCACUUGGAAACUGACCAUCGUUUUUUUUUGUGCUGGCAUGUGUAGCAGACUUAUCAGAGUGGAAUGAAUAGUCCAUCCUUUGUUAGCAAACCUUCUCCAUUCGCUGAGUUGGAGCCUUCGCUAAAUCAAGGAAGCAACGCCAGUUGGGCUGAUGCCUGUGAUGAGAAUGCUCUACAGGAGUCGUAUCCUAAGUGGAUACAGGUAGAGUCCUUUUCUGUAUUGGUUUUACCAGUUUUGAGGUAUUUAAAAAUUAUUCACCAAAGGCGAAGUGAUUAUCGUUGAAUAAUUAUUCAACAAUCUUCACAAAGCCCAAGGUGAGGUGUUUUUUUUUUGUAUAAUUACUAAGGUGCUUUCGAAUUCUGCUAUAAAUAGUUUUGUAAAUUGAAAAUUCUGUUACAAUUGUUUAAAUUACUUGUAUUGAGACAGCAGCAAGUUUCUAGUAGAAUUUAACCCUUUAACUCCCAGAUCAAGUUUGUACUUCUCUUUACUUACUUACCUUACUUACAAUUUUUAUGAUGUUAGUUCAGAGAAUUUUGUAUCCAAUCAACUAACUAUCCCUAAAUUGAUUUUUUCUUUAUUCUCAUCACUUAUCUGGUUGAUAUUGUAUUGAUAUUGUAAGGAGAAAUUCUGUCUUGGUCACUCCUGGGAGUUAAAGGGUUAACAGAUUUAUUUAAUUCCAUCAACAACAACUUAGCUUUACUUUCACAUAUGUUACGCCAAUUUUUUAGCAUCUUUUAUGCUCUUCAGAAUUCUAUUUUCUUCUAUCACGUCUAUCACUUCCUGCGUAACAUUAACAAAACGCGAGGCCGCCAGUUUGAAAUUUAGUGACCCUGCUAUAAUCACCCCGCACAAGGUGGUUAUAGCGAGAUAUGACGCGCAUAUCUAUAAUCACCGAAGCAAUUCUACUCAACUUGUUUAUUGUAGAUUGCAAUACUGGAAAUUACUUGAUGUGUUGUGGUUGAUGUUUAAACGCCUUUUGCAAUUUUGUUUUUUUGGUUUUUUUUUUUUAUCUCAGGAGGCGUUCUUUGGCAAAGACCUUUUAGACACACUUGGUAGAGAGAAACGAUCAAAGCAUGGUGGUAAGACGCCGUCAACCCCUUCUGAGGAUGAAGAUAGAGCAAACCAAGACCCUUUUGCUGUGAGACAAGGUUCAAUCCCCCCCGACAGGCAGCAGACCACGUUUGAUGGCUCAGGACAAGUUCCAUUUCAGAUGGUGCCUGGGGAAGAGAGACAGCAUCCUGGUCAUUCAACAGAGGCGCUUCACCAAACAGGUUUUCCAAGAGGAUCAUUGAGUGCACAUGACAAGUAAGAAUCUUUUUUAACUUGUAAGUUUGAGCAACUUCUUCCACCAGUGAAUACAAUGUUUGUGUUGGCCAAAUUUCCAAUAAACAAAGUUGAAAGGUCCGGAAACUGUUCAAAGCGCUUUUUAAAGCAAUUCAAUUCUAAGAUAUCUUUUUUCAUCAAGUUGAAUCUCAAGUAGUGAAAAUAAUGAUGAAUAAUAAUAAGAAUGACGAUGAUGAAUAAUUUUCCUUCCUUUACCAUUAAUGACUUGAAAGAAAUUUUAACUCUUCUCGUGGUAAAUGAAUGUGAUGUAUAUUUUCUUAGCUGGCAGCAAUCUGCCAAUGCAGACCCAUUUCCAUCGCAUGCCAUCCACCUGACAGAAGACGUCCCCAAUCCAGACGCUCUGUACAGUUCACUGGAUAUGCUGACAGAUGACUUACCAGGAACUCAGAAUGAUUCGCAUUCCACAAACAGAGGUUAGCUUAGUAUGCUACAGACACUGUCCACUUUUUAUUAAAGUUUAAGUGUUCACUGUUUGGCUGGUUAAAUGUUUUACCUUCUUGUGCAGCAAGAUUCUUCUUUUAAGCCGCGGACCAUAAACUCGUAUCAUUUGUCAUGAAGAAAGAUUGUAUUGUUUUCCCCAAUGGUGAAGAUUUGGCUCUCACGGCAAACUUUGCUGUGUUCUGAAUCUUACUUUUAAUUUUAUUCGUUUUUGUUUUGUUUUUAUAGCACUUCAACAACCAGCUUCUCAACAUCCUUCCUCGGCACCCACCCCCCAGUCACAUAUUCCUACGGCAGCAUCCUCUUGGAAUCAAGCUCAGACUCGCCCUCAGGGAAACGACCUUGAUAUUCUUUGCAACACAGGAGACAUCCUACCUCACGUUGAUGGGCAGGAAGUGGAAGAGAUCUUCAUGGAUAUUGAAAGAGAAAUGAACAUUGUACCGCUGAGCUUUCUGGAUUCUGAAAUGGACAACAACGUGGCCAACGUGCAGGAGCAGUUUCCACCUCAGAGUGCUAACUCUGUGUCAGGUCAUGGUGUCGGCUUUCAAGCAAGCCAACAUCCAAUUAGUGUUUUCAACCAAGGCACUGCCAAUCAGGGUUACAAUCCUGGUACAACACACUUUCAGAGUGGAGGAUCGGCUUAUCAACGGGGCCCUCAGAAUCACAUCGAUGGCUUCGCUAAUUCCGUUGUACAGGGUCAACUGGGUUUCAACCACAACAGUACAUUCCCUAGAGGGAAUGAAUUUGAUCUGGAUGAUUUACCAAGGGAGAGGCGCAGACCUCCCAGCCCACGGGUAGACCCGAUGAAACAACAGCAGAAAUGGGAAGAUGACGAAAAGCUAGGGGCAACUGCAACAAUAUCGCCGGUAUUAUAUGCCAACUUGGAACACGUUAACCUGAAGCAGGAGUAUCCAGGUAAGUGACGCUUAGCGAAAAAGGUCAAAAGAGUGAACUAAAUGCACGUUUCUUUGGGUGUGGUUUGAAGUGUGGAUAGAAAUGCAAAUUUUGACGUGGAUCCGUUUUUGGCUUGGUCUUACUGUGUUGUCUAAAAUGGUUAUAUUCGAAGAUAUGUUAUUCAUGCUGGAUUCUCAUUUCAUUCAUUCGCCUCUAACCUAAUUUCACAUGUUAUUUAGAUUUUCACAUAGUUGAAACCCCAUUUGACACAAAACAUGAUUUACCGAGCAAAAUUCUAAAACAGAUGAUGCUGCAGACAAUCAAUUCAAUUAGUUGUUGUCUUUAAUCAAAUAGUGUGUGGCGCGUCAUUUUAUCGUAAUUGGAGGCGUCAUCAACUCGGCGGUUGUGAUAUUGUAGGAUACUCUCCCAAGUAAGGCCGUUAAUUUGUUUCUUUAGUGGUGGUUAUUACAUGAGUCCUUUCUUUUCAAUUUGUUGUAGACUGGCCCAACAGGUACAGAGCAAUAGCAAGACUUUGGCGAAAACUUUCAGUCGAGCAAAGGGAACCUUACAGGGUAAGUUAAGUUUCUUUCUCAUGAAACGCUAGGACGAUGUUUUGGUGGACAUCUCUUCUGGUUGUUGGCGAUAUUGUUAUUUGGUCUGACUCUGGUUUACAGUCAAACCAGUAUUAAGCGGUGCUAUACAAAGUGGUAACCCUGUAUUAACUCUUUAGCCCCUAAGAGUGACCAGCAUCUAAACUCUCCUUACAUUAUCACCCCUGAAUCACUCAUCAAGGUAACAAGAAUAAAAGAAAUGAUCACCAAAUAAAGAAGCUCUUGAUUGUUUAACAAAUUCUCCCUGUCAGCAGCUAAGGAAAUGUAUAGAGAACAGUAUGGAGAAUAUGCAUACUGAUGUUAGGGUGGAAAGGGCUAAGCGGUCAUCUCUAUAACGCGUUCUGGUUUGUUGUUGUUGUUGUUGUUGUUGUCUUUCACCUGUAUUGAACGGUCACUUAUAGCCGAACCUCUUAAACAAAAUUAGGAAUUAUCUCUCAAGUUAAAUUUAGUCCAUGUUUAUCUCCUGCAGUCACUGUUUGUUCUUUGAGUUGAAAUGUCGUCAACUUAUUGCAAAUUAUCUUUCUUAGAAUUGCACUGUUUGGACAAAUAUUACACACUAGCAUCACACUAACCUGUAUUUAGCGUUAUUCCCCUUGAGUUAACACAGGUUUGACUGUAGUAACUUUGAUCAGAGCGUCCUUAUUUUAUCGAACAAGACGUACUACACACUAAAGACGCAGGCCUUGUCGUUUGUUUAGAGUCUCAUGCAAAGUAAUCUAUUUUGCAGUUAAAGGCGAGGGAUAACCGUGUCCGACUGAAAGAUCAGGGGAAAAAGGUAGGUAAACAUUUCUAAGUGUCAUGGUAUCAGGACGUUAUAUUGUGCACCCCAGUACGGGUUUAAACUUUUCUAAAAGAAGAUUGAGAAAAUACCCUAAAGAUACGCCAUUUUGAAUACAUACGCAGAAAUAAGAACUGGACGUAGAAGUUGGAGUGAAUGUGAUAAAAAUGCUUAGAAGAAUAGUGUUGGAAAGAAAAAAGGCGCUAAGUCGUCGUGCUGAGCACCUCUGUCUGCAGUGUGAUUAUAAACUAGAUAAUUAAUUUUGUUUUACAUUUCUUUCCUUUUUUACGCAGCUGAUCGCAAAAAAGGAGGAGAAAGCAAAGUUAGAGUCUCAGAAGGCCUUGCAAUUAAAGCAGCAACAGCAACAACAACAACAGCAGCAGGAGCUGCAGUUACAGGAACAACAACAGCAAAUGCAGCACCAGCAGUUAGAACAGCAACAACUGCAUCAGCAGCAACUUGAACAACAACAGCAACAAAUGUUGCAGCACCAACAGCUGCCCUCUCAAUCUUCACAAGGUCAAUCUCUCUUACAUCAGCAUGACCAGCGUUCAACGUCUACGACUCUUUGUCCAGUCACAGAUAGUCCAAUGCUUCCAGUAAAUAGUGUUAUGCCAGUUCCCCUAACACCAAGCACACCUGCAAGGUCGAUUACACCUGUGACUCCUGGCACUCCUGGCCCCUUGACCCCGACCACACCCACCACACCCACGUUCAGCCAAGUGAUGGGUCACCCGCCAAUUGGACCUGUGAUUCCAGCAACUAUGGCAGGUCAUCAGUCUUCAGGCAAAACUACGAGUAACAAAGGGAAAAAAAGUAAAGAGGAAAAAGAGAGAGAGAAAGAAUUAAGAAAGCAGAGACUACGCAUUCAACAGGAGCAAGAGCGGCAGUGGAAAAUCCUCCAGCAGAGAAGAGCUUUGGAGCAACAGCGUCAACAACAGCAACAGCAGCAGGAAAAUGUCUUGCUUCGACAGGAACUCAAAAAACAACAGCAAGCAAAAGGAACUAAAGUACCCGAUGAACAGAAGAAAAAGCGUUUAUCUAAAGGUGGAAGACGGGCUUCUGCGCAGGCUUCUAAGGCCUCUGACAAAUCUGGAAGUGGCUCACACGACUCGCCAAAUUUUCAAAAUAGCGUGGCACCCCCUGAUGGACCUGAAAGUAGACUAGAAGAACAAGUAUUACCUGCUGGCCCUUCGUUUUCGUCAGCACCCAGAGCUAAUGCAAACGCCCUGGCAUCUACUAGUCAAUAUCAACAUGAACCGUCUCUUGACUUUUUGACUCCUUACGAUACACAAGGCAAUGGAUUGUUAGAAGACAACCAGAGUGAUGGAAGUGUCAUGAAUCCUAGUCAUCAUCCCCCGAACUCAAAUGCUGGUGACAUCCAUUCUGCACAGGCAGGUGCUAACCACCAGUUCCAGAGACCUUCGCUUUGGGAUAAGGAACAUGGGAACGAGACAGUGCACCCUGCUGAGGAAUCAAUGUGGGAACAGUCACAGAGCUGCAGUCAACUUCAAGACCAGAAACAAAGUAAUGGCUCACUGAGUUUAACUCAAGUUUCACAGGCACAUGAAGGUUCUAAGCAUAAUAUAUGGAGUUGUGACAACUUGCAACCUGAGACAAUACAAGAUCAAUCGGGGAUAGAAAAUGCACAAGGCAGAGUCUUGUUACUUGAACAAAACACAAGACCUUUACAAGAAGGGGUCCGGCAGGAACAGAAUUCUCAGAAUAACUUUGGUAACAAUGAGCAAGUCAUUUUUAACAGUGAGAGACAACAGUGGUCCCAUGCUCAUGUGCCUGCAAUACCUUCAUCUCAAGCACCAAUGCCAAGUCAACCAUUGAGUUCUGAUAGUGGAAAAAUAGUGCACCAACCAGCUGUAACUGACUCCUUGCAGGCAGUUCCCUUUUCAGUGCCACAGCAAGUGGCAUUGAAACCCACAGAGCAACAUCAGCAGCAAGCUAUGGAAUUGCAACAACCUCCACAACAAAUUCCUGUUAUGCAUUGGCAAGAGGAACUGUCACAAGUUCGAGCUCAGGUGGCUGCUGCUCAUGACCUUCAUCCUUCUCAAUCUGUAGUUCCUUCCUCAGCUCCAGCACCUCCUCCGGUGGCACCACCUCCACCCCCAUUGCCAUCAUCCCAGCAACCACCUACUAUUCCACAACAGCCAUACGAACUGGGUGCUGGAUGGCUACAUCAGGGCCAGUUACCAUCUCAAGUACAGACACAACCAAUGGUCACAUUCCCACAACCGCCUCAACCUCACCAGGUACAUGGUCCUACAACGACACACGUGGCAAUGCCUCAGACACCAUUUCAACCUCCACCUCAGAUCCCUAUCCAAGUGCCACCCAAUAUUCCUACCAACCAACCCAUUUCAAAUCAACCUCAGGAUAGUCAACUGCAACAGCCACAACAACAGCAGGACAUGGUUCAGCGACAACAACGAGACCAACUCAUAAGAGCCCAACAGCAGCAGUUUUUUCAGAUGCUUCAGCAGCAACAGGCGUUUCAACAUCAGCAGCAUCAUCAGCAGCAACAACAGCAGCAGCAACAACAACAGCAGCAACAGAAUGCAGCUAUCCAACCAGGAUUUGCAAGGGCACGGUUCAAUACAGCUAUCAACACCAAAGAUUUGCCUGAAAUUGACACAGAAGAGGAACAUCAAGAAAGGCUUCGUUUUCUCUAUCGCCAGCGCCAAGCACAAAAACAGCAACAGAUGCAGAUGCAAGCUCAACUGAUGCACCAAGCUUGGAUUCAACAGCAACUUGCUGCUGGAGGUGGUCAAGGAGUUGUUCCACCAGGUGUACUGACAAUGGAUUCAUCCAACCCUCAAAUGUUGCAACAGUUUGCUCAACAGAUACGUCCCCAAAUGCCAGACAUGACUCAACAGCAAUUGCUCGCUGAAUAUCAAAGGAGAAUGACGCAGCGGCAAGACAUAGGCCAGCAAACUGUUCAAUAUGACAAGGUUUUGCAGGAGCUCCAACAGCAACAAGGGAUCCCAGUUGGAAGUGCUCAUGCUGUAGGCCCUUUCAUUGAAGUUCCUCAUCAGAGAUUUGGCUUGAGACAGCCAACGUCUAUGGUCCAACCAAGUUUGAAGCCCAUUAUGCCAUACGGGGGACUUGAUGGACAGUUCAUUGGUCAACAGCAGCAACUUUACAAGAUGCAGUUGCAGCAACAAAUGUUGAUGCAGCAGCAGAAAAAGGAAACUUCCCAUAGGAGCUCCCCUCGAGCGAGUCCUGCUGCAGGAAAGGCUAAUGCAGGGGAAAGUAGCGGUGAAGUCAGUGGGAGUGUGGAUGAUGAGAAGCUCAAUGGCACAACUGUGUUGUCAAGUCAUACCAACUCUGAAACUGAAAAACUCCCUGAUAAAUCUGAGGGCUCUGGAACAGAAAAUGAAAAGCAAGUGACCAAAGGAAAAGAUAUUAGUACAAGUGGAACAAACCAGGUUGCCGGUAGUACUGCUGAGACAUCUCCUGAGUCUGUGGAAGGCGAGAAGCUAGAGAACACUAAUUAUGAGAAAGACCAUUGUAGUAGAGACAGUAAGAGCGAACAGGAAAGUAGAGAGGUUAAUGGUACAAGAGCCACAAACAACUAUGAUGAGAAGACUAGCAGCCUAAACUCUAAAGAUAUUAGUGCGCACAUACCGGGAAGGUCUGACGAUUAUGACACCACAGCCAUUCAGAGGGAAGAGCUACCUAGUGUUACCUGUGGGGAAAAGAAGGCCAGUGAAGACUACGAUGUCGUAAAGGACCUUGCCUCAGCCAAUGUAAAUUUUGAUAGCCCUUCAGAUAAAAUAUGCUUUGAUGCAGGAAACGAGAAUAAGUGUGAAGGUGGAAAUGAAUCAGAGGGAUGCUCUGGAGAACAAAAAGAAGCUUGCAUUGAAACACAAGGGGAGCAGGUGGCAGUUGCUCAAACUCUUGACUCCAGCAAAUUGGAGGGAGCUGCAAACAUGAAAGAAGUGUCCCAUCAAGAAGGGAAACCCCAAUGUAAACCUGAACCCUUGCUUGAAACCAACCCAGCGCCUAUUCAGCCACACAAUGUAACCAGCCAAGUAAAUUCGGUACCACCUCCUCAUCCUCAGUUGCUGCUGCAGCAGCAGUAUUUGGUAUCACAGCAGGAGUUUGUGCAAAUGCAACAGCAAAGACAAGUUCUUGUGCAGCGGUACCAACAGUUGCAACAACAACAGCACCAGGCUGGAGGACAAGACCCUGUACUAGCAGGUCAGAUAAUGACUGUCCAAUCACAAGGACAAGCUCUCCAACAACGCAUGUUACAAUACUGGCAACAAAUGCAACUUAUACAACAGCAGCUGCAGCUGGGGGGAACAGUACAUCAACAGCUUGCAAUUCAACAACAGCCACAGCAGGUUCAGCAGCAACCACUCAUAGCUCCCCAAUGGCCUGCAGGAGUUCCACAAGGACCUCCAGUGCCAACACAAGUGGGAGUGUUUCCGGUGAGGCCUGUUGUCAUGGGUGUUCAGGGCCCUUUACAGCCUGGGGUGCCUGUUAUUGAAAAGGUACGAGCUGUAUGCUUAAAAUAAAAAUUAACUUUCCGUCACAUUUCAUGGCAAGACUGAUGAAGCAUCAUAGACUUUUUGUUUUGUUUCUAGCUUAGUUGUAUCAGUGGUCAACAUAUAUAUAUAUAUUUAUUUAUUUAUUAUUAUUUUUAAAAAAUUUAUUUUAUUUUUUUUUUAUUUUUUUCCAGGGACCCGCACAGAAACCAAGGUCGAGGUCGAGGUCGAGGUCCAAAAGUAGGGACACACCUCAGCCAUCCCCGAUUGGACAGCAAAGCCCUGCCAUUGAUUGGCAGCCACCAAAGGGAAAACAGUCGAAACCACGACAGAGGAAAUCUAAGAAGUCAGAACCGCAAGCCAAUGAUCCAGAUCUUGAACGUCAACAGCAAGUGCUCCAGCAACAAAUAUACCAACAGAUGGAACAGCGGCAUCGGUUGAUGCAGCAGAAUCCAGGAGUUUUUGUUGAACAGGGUCAACAGCAAGGUGUACAACCUACAAUGCCGUUACAACAACCUGGGCAACAGCCGCAAGUGCCUCUUCAGCAAAACAUAGUUGAACACCCAGGAAUGUUAGCACAGCCAUCCAUUGAUGGUGCCCAUCCAAUGCGAUCUUUGUCACACACACCAGAGCUUUCGCAAGGGCCACGACCAGGAGCUGAUUCGCAAGUUGCUUUCCCACCUGGUACACCAGGACCUCAGAUGCCCCUAUCCUCCAGUGCUCAGGUUCCUUCAGGAUAUCCCCAUACUACAGAUCAAAAUUCUUUUUCACAGAGGUUCCCAACGCCUGAGCAUUAUCUUCAGCAAUUUGGUAAACACCCGAUCCAUCAAAAGCAACUAGAAGUUCGUUACGUUGCUGAAGCAAACAACCCCUUCAGUGAUCAGUUUCAGGGGCUACAAAGCAAAGGUCGGGGCAGAGGGGGAGCAAAGAAAACACCUGGCACCAGAAAGCCCGGAAAACCUCGCAGCAAGAAGACAGCAGAAGUUGAUGUUCUCCCAGAGGUGGAUCUCCAACAACAGCAACAGACUAAUUCUUCUUCAUCAGAGCAAAAUCCCCAGGGCUUGGGCCUCACUCUAUCUCAGCAAGCGCAAGUUAUAAAGCAGGAAAUGCUGGAAUCCGAAGGAUCUGUUCCUCAAACGCCCGACGCUCAACAAAGUGCCGGAUAUACUGGCCCCACUGGUGCUGAUGCAGAUGAAGGUCCUGAUGGUAAAGAUGAAGACCAAGGUCCUGCAGUGCAGGAGGUGAAAGAACAACCUACAGAGGAAGUAUUUACAGGGCAAUGUAUCGAAAUGAACUCUCUUUCAGCCAGCAGCGAGAGCAAUAGUUGUAAUGCGCCAUCUGCAAGGAAUGAAGAAAGUGAUGCCAAUAUGUUGAACGAGAAGAUGAAUACUACAGACGGCGAAACUCCAGCUUCCGCACGAAACGAUUCUAGUGAGUCUGCUGAUAAGAGUAAACAACCAUGCAAUGGGACUGGACUUGAAGCAUUACAAAAACUUGAGUCAAUGGUUGCAGACAUGGCAACCGAGGAGGAAGCCUGUAAGGAACUGGAAAAGCAGAGUGAAUUGGAACGGAUCCAUUUGCCUUUGGAUGACGAUGUCUAUGAUCCGGAAAUGGACAGGAUCUACGAAAGAGACUUCAUGGAAGAAGAAACUCAGUUUGAGCAGUGUUUGUUAUCUCCAAUUAAAGCUGUGGACAAUGGUUCUCAGGCGAAUUCUGUAGCGUCUCUGGAGUGUCACGAAGAGAGCCUUAUUUCACCUCUGCUUGAGGAAACGGAAAGACGAAAGGAACGUCAGACAUUUUUCGCUGAAUCUGCUUCCAGUGAACCAGCGGUUGGAGGCAACAAAAUUACGGAUUUGGGGAAACGUGCGGCAGGAAAAGAACAUGAGGCAGAAGAAGUAGGGCUGACUCCUUCAGAUUCAAGUAAACUAACUGCCUGUAAUGUUACAAACACGAAUGGAGACGAAAAGUUAGAUCGUAUCUCAAGUAAUGCUCAUCCAGCAGCCGAUCAAGAAAAGGUUGUUGAAGAACCUAGGCACGAUAUGUUGCACGAAACAACCAGUGCUGUCCAAGACACCCAACCAAGGGAAACAGAACAAAAUCCGACACCAAGCGAACAAGCGGGUGUCUCGCGUGUUUCUGAUGUUAAUAAAUACGAUGAUUCGUUAACCAAUCAAAGAAUUGAGACAGCUGUCCCUGAAUUAAUUCCAUCCACUUGCGAGACCAUCGAAAGUGUCGCAUCUCCAGUCAAGACUACUCAUGCUGUUCCCUUAGUAAAUGAUGUGGCACCCGUCGUCACUAGUAAUGGUGAGAUACCUUUAGCUUCAGGUGGUGAGCAUAGACCUGUGGCAGAGCAAAUUAACUGCGCUGCCCCCGUGAACAGCCUAGAACCGUUAUCCCAACAAAUAGCAAAUGUAGCGAGUGCUAUUGGCCCUGAGGCUCUGCAUGGAACAGUAGGACAGAUACCCCAAGCUCUCGACCAUUAUCAGAGUAACCAACAACAGGGACAUAUCCCAUCAAACCCUGCUCGUCCAGCGAAUGGUGAGAAACCUGCAAAAACACCUAAGCCGUCGAGUCGGUCAAAGAAUUCGCACUCUAGCGGAGAGGGCCCGGUAAAGAGGAGACCACAGCCGAAGGAAGAAGACCCCAUGAAGAAAAAGCUUCAGGAGCUGCGUAGGCAAGAAUAUGAGCGGAAGAAACGUGAGUACGAGGAACAACAAAAGAAGAAACGUGAGCUCCAGAAAGAACUUCGUAUCCAGAAACAGAUGAUAAGAGAGCAGAGGAAGAGGCAGAGGAUAUACAUCAAUGCAAACAGCCGCACCAAACAGAAGACGGACAUCGAGAACAAUGCUACCAACUCCUUGAAGAUUUCUACUCCUAAUAACGCACACAGGGAUCUCAAACCAGCCACACCACUUUCCCUUUGUGAACCGAAGUUGCUUUUGACCCAUGCUUUAACACAUCCAUAUGGUAGCAGGGCUUUCAAUGGGCAGUGUCUCCUAAAAGGAAAUUUUGGAUCUGCUAAAGUGGAUGGCAUGGUGGAUUAUUAUGCACAGUUUCCAUCAUCUGACAUGGACAUUGUGGUGGGACAUCCACCCACCCCACCCUCAUCUCUUCCGCCAUCACCAGGAAUUCAUCAACACCGGACAGAUUCUAGUGGAAAACCUCUUGUUAAUGGAGAUGCUUCGCCCGAAGAACGCGAUGGAGCCGAAUUGCCUCAUUUAAGCAAACCAUCAGCAAGCAGCCGUGAUAGUGAACAUCAAGCCAAACGAGCUCGGUAUACGGGCGCCUUAGAAACUAGUAAAGGUGGCGUCAGUGUUCCUCCGUCGAUGCCCACUCCGCCGCUCUCAGAUUCAGCAGCAACCGUUAGCGAUCGAUUAGUUGAAAUAAUAUCAUCUGGAGGACAUCUCCCCGGAGAGCACGCAGAAGCCAAUGGUAAAGAGUCUCACAGUAGUUCUUCCUCGACCUCACCUGAACCAGUUCAAUACAUAGCUUCUUCAUCUCCAGAGUCAGACGCGGUCAACAGAGUUCAGACCCCUCAGUUUUCAGCACUGGUGCAUCGUGACAGCACCGACUCUCCAACAUUCCCGGCAGUGGCAAUCAAACGCGAGCAGGUGGAGCACUAUCUUGAUAACCGAGCUUCAUGCGGUCAAUCUUGUGGCAAUUUUCCGGAAGGCAGUUUUGUGCAAACUACGUGUAAAUUAGAAGCGCACCACUCGUCAAGGCUUGGGAAUGAUACUGACGAUUUGGAUAGUAUAAAUGUGACACUAACUCUGUCGCCUACAUCUGAGCAAAGAGUCACAGAAACUGUAGCAUCAGUAGCAGAAUUGAUAGGUUGUUCUCCACCCAGGCACUCGGACAUUGUUAUUGAGCCUGCAGGAAAAGGCUUUGCUACCAAAGGGUUUAUGGCGACCAACUCAUUGACAACUCCAGGUGGAGAUAGUUUAAGUAAUUCUAUAGCUCCAAGGAGUCAUACGUCAUCUGACAUUUACCAAAAACAGCCCUUUUCGUGUUCGCAGCUGAGCUUAUCACCCAGCGAGGAAAAGCCCUCGCGCAAAAAACCCGAGGGUCCAUAUUGUAGGCAUUGUGACGUUUUGAUAAUUGGUAUUGGGGUAAAAAGAAAACCGGAAGAAGAGAGUGGAAAGACUACGGAAACAAAUGAAUUGAAUAGGACACAACCUGAUGCUGCAGACUAUAAAAUCUACGGAGUCAAUGUCGAAGCUGGCGACUGUACAGGGGACAUUUUCUGUUCGGAAGCUUGCUUAAAACAAUAUUUCGCGCAUUUCGGAUCCGCGUGUUCCUCGCCCACUCGGGAAUGCAAACCAGACCUCAUUGUUGGAGAUCCUCCUUUAGAAGCGACUGUGACGUCAGUUGGUCAGCCAAGUAUUGGAGCCGGGAACGUAACGACGGUGAGUGAUGUGGAGACACGGGGGAGCCUCGUGGCUGAUGGAUUACCGCCGACAUCUGUACGAAAAAUACGCAGUCCCAGCUGGAAGGAUGAAGACGAAGAUGAAGAGGUAAGUUGAGUUGUGUACAAAAUAUUUUGAGCUGUUGCUUAUUUAUGUUACCAUUUUGUUCCUGGAAUAUUGGAGUGGUCAAAGUAUGUCCUUUGGGCAGGGUUGACUCUAUCUUGGGCCCCACUUUUCGCGAGAAUAAUUUGGGCUGCUCUGUUUGCAGGCGAAGAUUUCUAAGCGACAACGUCGGUUGCGGUGGAAAAGAUGGCAACAGAGCGAGGAAGCUAAGAGCGACAACAAACAACGGAUAGAGUUGACACCAGAGGAAUCAGCUGAGGUACGUAAAGGUAUCAUUGCCUUGGAACUCCGUUCUGUAACCGCCCCUUACAAUCUGGGUUCUGGUUAUUUUGUAGCUUUUGGAGAAACACAACGGAUCACUGAAGCCCCCUGCCAAUGCAGUGGAUGACCUUAGGAGGUGCACUCUUUGCGGUGCGAAAGGAGACGGUGAUAACAAUGCAUCAGCCCGGUAAGGAUAUUCUGCUGGCUUUUGACUUACAUUCCAUCCUCCAUCCUUGGCCUGAUUAGUAACUGGGGCUAAGAAACAACUGUAUGGGAACAGAUGUGUCGAUUUUGGUUACAACGCGAAGCGAAACGGAGAGAGCUAUUUUAAAGUUAUGGACGAGUGACGUGGUAGUUAAAGGUAACGAUGAUACUAAUGAGUUUUACCUUUUCAGGCUGCUGAAUCUGAACGUAGACGUGUGGGUCCAUCUCAACUGUGCUCUCUGGUCCUUGGAAGUUUACGAAACGCUAAAUGGCGCAUUGAUGAAUGUCGAAGUGGCUGUGAAGCGAGGAACUGUUACGGUAAGUGUCGUGAGCUGCAGGGCAAAAGAAAAUCAGAGUGACCAGUAUCUAAUUUCUCCUUACAACAUCAUCCCUGAAUCACACAUUCAGGUUACAAGAAAAAAGGAUAUGAUCACCAACUGAGGAAGUUCUUGAUUAUGUAAGACGUUCUCCUUAUCAGCGUCUUAGGAAAUGUUUAUAGGACAUUAUAGAGAAAAUAUAUACUGAUGUUAGGUUUUAAAGGGUUGAAGGGUUUUUCUUGAAGAUAACUUAACCUCCUUUAUUCCUUUCUCCAAGUGGACAAAUGCAGAUAAAAUAAAUAAAAUCAGGAAUGGUUCAUCACCAGAAAUCAGUUUCGUUACUGAAGCCAUAACUGCUAAUGCAUUUCCUUUUUUAAACAGAAUUGUGUGGUUUGCUAUAAAAGAGGCGCUACAGUGUCGUGUAAGCAGAAGAUUGGCCUGUCCAAGAUCGGCUGCCCAAACAAUUAUCACUUCAGUUGUGCUAUCUCUAAAGGUUGUUUGUUCCUAAAGGACAAGGUAGGCGUAUGUUCUGUACUUAGAAUGUCCAAGUAGAAUUUUGCGAGUGGUUAUAAAGUUCAUUGAUUUGUUGGUUCCACAGACUUUUAAAUGACUUAAACAGUUGAAGGAGUCGGUUCUUACACGACAUAGUGGUUAAUUUAGCAAAAGAUCCUCAACAGCUGCGUUAAAUUGUGUCUUUAUUUUGCUCAUUUCCCUGUUGUCAGACCAUGCUGUGUCAUGAACAUAGACCAGAAGCUGCAUCGCUCGGAGACCAUAUACUCACCACCUAUGCCGUGUUUAGAAAAGUUUAUGUAAACAGGGACGAGAUUCAACAGAUCGCCAGGUAAGCUCAAUGAGGAGAAUGUUUUCUAGCAAGGCAGAUUUUUUAAGUUGAAGAAUUACUGAUGGGUCAAAAUUUUGUUGCCGAAACUCGGCUGGUUGUUCGUAAAGUUAAGAAGCGUCUUUGAAGAUUCUUUGUAUUCAUACUCUUCUUGAAAGAGUAGUUAUCGUUCCAAUACUUAUAGGCACUUUUACUGUAAAAAAUUGUCAACAGCAAUCUCGGAUUACAUUGGUUUGAUUUAACUAAGCUUUGUGAUUGGUCCAGAAAACUUGCGCCUCCUUCUUAGCCUUUCCGUGGCCAAACUUCGUCGCUCACGUUUGUCCGCGGUUCAGGCAAUUUUCUUAUGUUCAUGUCGAGUCAUCAGAGGAUUAUUUUCUAGUUUCCUUUGCUCUGAUCAGCUGUUGUAAUUUCUUGUGGUUUUGUUUUACAAAACUUAAUCUAAAUACGCUGCUUGCUCCCUUCCCUUCCCCCUUUCCUUCCUCCUCCCCCCUCCCCCUCCAACCCUAUUCGCCUUCUGACCUGCGUCCUUUUUCCUGUUAGUAUGUUACGUCACAAUCAAGAGACCAGCGACAAGCCACAGACAUUACGCGUGGGAAGCUUGGUGGUGAAAUCGUUGGGACAACUUUUGCCUCAUCAGCUACAGUCGUUCCACACUAGAGACGCCGUGUAUCCGGUAAGUGAUAUCUUAUUUAUCAACAUGCCCGUCGCCUUUCUUUUCUCUCUGUUUAUUUAACUAUUUUUAGUCCGAUUCUUGUUUCAAUUUAAUUUGCGAACAUUAGUCAGAGUGCUCUUCGCUUAAUACUUACUCAGACUUGUUGCCUCAGGUUGGUUUCAAAACAAUCCGUUUCUACUGGAGCAUGUACUCUGUGAAUCGCCGCUGUAAAUAUCACUGUGUGGUUGAAGACGCGGAAGGUUCGCCAAGUUUUACCAUCAGGGUUGAUGACGAUGGACACAAUGAGCAACCGGUGUUCAGAGGAAAAACACCCAGAGGUAAAUUGGAAACCUUACACCACACCCUUUCACUCCCAAGAUCUGAUUGCUAAUUCUCCCUUCAAGCUGCUACACAUUUCUUUGAUAAUUAGUAGGGAGAACUGAUUUGGUGUUAGAUCAAGGCAACAACUUCUACCUGAUAAGAUUGAGUAUUCUCAUUUCCUGAUGGCUGGAUAAUGUAUAGAUGUUAAAAUCGUAAUCACUUCUGGAGUUAAAGGCUUAACAGGGUACCAAGUGGGCAUAGUUUUUUCCCUCUUAGCAAAAACAUAUCAAUGAUGAAACAGUAUUUGCUGUUUUCGUAAUUCCAAAUAUCUGGCGAUCUGAAAUAUUGACAUGAAAAGACCUUUUUUCCAUUGUUUUUUCUAAACAGAUGUGUGGCAGCAGAUUCUUGUUCCUAUUUUGAAAAUGAGGAAAGAAGCUGGUUUAGUGAACCUGUUCCCUCAGUACAUCACUGGCGAGGUGAGUUAAGAAGGGAUUUAUUAUUGGGUAAAAUCGUCAUGUCUCUUGCUGUCCGAUUUUGCCUGACUGUGGAACUCAUGGAUACAAAUUUGAGGUCCUUCUCUUAUCUGUUACUCAAAACACUGACUUUCUCUCUCAUUUUAGGAUCUGUUUGGUUUGUCGGAGCAGUAUGUUCUGCGGAUCAUCGAGUCGGUGAGGAGCUUAAUUGUCUACCUGGUUUUUUUUCUUUCUUUUUUUUUUUUAUAUUUUUCAUUAUUUUAAUACGGAGCGUAAGGGACCAGACCCUGAGAUGAUUUAGUAUCCAGUAGCAUUUUCAUGAUCCUGUUAUUGAGUAUGGCUUUCAGUUGACGGUAGCAUUGGUUCGAAUUGCAGUUGUUGUUCCUUUUUUUUUUUUUUUUUUUUAAUGUAUUCUGUUGGUCAUAAGCGAGAGUCCCUGAGCUGUCGGUAUAGUACAGUUUUCACUGUUGUUAACCAUGUUUUACUUUUAUACACGUGUUUUUAGAUGCCUGGUGUUGAUCAAAUGCAGGGAUAUAACAUGCGUUAUGGCCCGUCACCCAUCAUGGAGCUGCCGCUGGCGGUAAACCCCACGGGCAGUGCUAGAUCCGAGCCCCUGCUGAAGUCGCACUUCAAGAGCGCAAGGUACAAGGACCUACCUCGGGACACCAAGAGGGUUCCUGCGGUUAAAACCUUAAUUAUUUUACUCUAUGUCAUGCCAGUAUUUUUCCCAAGAGCGCUUUUCGAUCAAACCCAAACCAAAUUAAUCAUAACGACCAAUUUGAGGAAAGGAAAAUGCUCUUAAGAGCUAAUAAGAACUCAAAGUAGAAACAACUCAGCGGCCUAAAGCGUGGGAAAUCGCGGGCGACUAAGUCGCGGGUGGUUUUAGUUUUGCAUCUGAUUGGUUUAGGAUGUGGUGUGAAUUUUUGUGGACCAAUCACAGAGCGAAUUGAAGCAAAACUGAAGCGAUCCUAGAUUUCUGAGAUCACUUUAAACUUGUUCUUUCUAUGAUACGUUAAUAGCUGAUCCCGGCGUCAGAUACCUCUGGGAGUUGGAGGCCUUACGAUUCGAAGAAGAAAAGAUAUGUGUGUUGAUAUCUUAUAUAUUUCUGUCGUUUCAGGGCACGUGCCCUUCGAUCUGCCACAAGUUCUGGUUCAGCAGUGUCGCCCGCGGCCACUGUUGGUGGAGCAGGAAACUCAGAAGAGUCAUCCGGAUUGUACCUCAAACAGUUUGUCUACUCCAAGGCUACACAAUACCGCAAGCUUAAAACAGAAUGGAAAACCAAUGUGUUCCUGGGAAGGUCGAAUAUUCAAGUAAGAAAUAUUCACCGACGAUUCACUGUUGCGGUAAAAAAAAUAUAAACAUUGCAACGGUCCCAUAGUCGUGAGCACGAUAUACGUUGGAACCUCUCUUUUAUGAUUUAUCCACCUAACAGAUAUAUCGUUUUCAAAUAAUAAUUAAGAUUAAGAACUAAAUCUGUGAACCUCAGGCACACCACUUUCUCGUACAUGGAACGUCUGCAAAAUGCCCGUACAACACCUUUGUCACACCUUGCGAAUACUUUCUGCUUGCUUUACACUAUGUGUAAUGGUCGAAAAUAGACAUCGCAUUUACUAUUUGAAUCUAAGCAAGCCUAUUUAUCCUCCUUGUAAAAACUCCAUGUGGAAGUUUGCUAUAGUCAGACGCAACGCACAGGAGAUUUAAACAGGUUUCUGUUAUUUAAGUUCGUGCAGUGCUGCCUACUAAUUUGUAAAAGGGUUGAAGAAGACCGCCAGGACGAAAUUUACGGAAUGGACAAAAAUUAUUUGAACUCCUGAUAAAUCUUAACAUGCGAGCCUCUGUUAUGAUCGGUUCUAAGAGGUCCCUUUUGACGCGGUUGCACUUAAAAUCUAACAGUGACACACAGAUAAUUAGAGUUGGUAUUUUUUCCUAUUUCAGGGCCUAGGGCUGUUUGCAAACAAGGACAUGGAAGCGGUUAGUUAAAUCUUUGUUUCCAUCAGAGCUGAUGACAUAGCUAUCUUUUGUACAAACUUUGAUACUAAUUACAGUGUUGUUUGUCUUCGACAGGGAAGCAUGGUGAUCGAAUACAUUGGUUCUAUUAUUCGAAACGAAGUCGCAAACAGAAGAGAGCAAAUUUACGAAAAGCAGGUAAGGUUUUUUAUUAUUAUGUGUACGACGGCUUUUGACGUCAUCGUGUUGCACGUCACAUCAUCACCGAAGUGCUUCUAAACCCUUUACACCCUGAAAUCGGUAUGCAAAUUCUCCCUACUGUUCUCUAUACAUUUCCUCAGGUGCUGACAAAAAGAAUUUGUUUAGCAAUCGAGGGCUUCUUUAGUGGAUGAUCAUUCCUUUAUCCAUGUUUCCUUGAUGUGCGAUUCAGGGGUGAAACUGUAAGGAGAUAUUAGAUGCUAGUCAGUCUUAGGAGUCAAAGAUGAACACGUUUCCUAAGACUUUUUAUCUGCUAACUUCUCUGAAGGGAAACCUCUAUUUUUGAGACAGUUUUCUCUUUCCUAGUGUGUUUUCCAAGUAUGUAGCUUGAGGAAUAUGGGUUAAAGAUCCUUGUGAACCAAAACUAAGCAGUUUGUCAUCUCUAUUUGUUGUAGAAUCGUGGUGUGUAUAUGUUCAGAAUAGACUCCGACGCAGUCAUAGAUGCCACGAUGGCCGGCGGACCAGCACGUUACAUCAACCACUCCUGUAUGGUAAGUUACAAGUUUGUCUGAAUUUUACAGAUUUAAUCAUUUCAGAUCACUAACGAUCUUGUGGCGUCUCGACCCCCAGCAGUGUGAAUCAUUUUUUUGCUCCGCACCGAACCUUUUUGCGCACCUGUGAGAAUGUACUCUACAAACAAAACAACCAGUCAGAUUUUAACCUCGGUUGUGAUUUGCUGUGGGUUCAUUUUGGCCUUGUUCGUUUAGAACUCAGUUGAAGUGGCCUUUGUCGAAUGAGCCCUGACAUUAUAGUUUGCUAAGGUAGCACAUCUCCGAGAGGUAUGAUUCAGCCGAAAAGGAACGCGGAUCAUACUUGAAUGCAAAAAGCUGCAACGGACAAAGAUUUUUGGACUUCAGUGUGGAUUAAACUACGCUUGAUUUCUGGUUACCGGAAAAAUCGCUCCAAGGCUCUUUUUUUACGUCAUUUCUCCGGCUAGCGAGAGAAACACCAAACUGCACUCACUGUAAGAUAUUGUUGGAAAAUGAGACAACGUCAAAUUAUGGCAUAAAUGUCCAAGAUAGGUUUAACACAUUCCUAAUUUGAGGAUCGGAAAAUGAUUAAACGCAAACUUCUUAAGUUGACUUGAAAGUGUUGAGUCAGCUUUUCUCAUGGCAGUAUUUUGUGUUUUUUCCCGUAGCCAAACUGUGUUGCUGAAGUUGUAACGUUUGAAAAGGAGCAAAAGAUUAUUAUUAUCUCCAACAGGAAGGUUGAAAAAGGAGAAGAGGUAAUGUUGUAAUCUCGUUGAUGGUAUAUCUACUUUAUACAAGGUCGUUGUUCGAAGCUCUUCACUUGAGUGCAGCUGUUUUACAUGUCCGGGUGUGUAGGUCGAUGUUGAAUUCACUAUUUACCGUUAAACUUGAAAAAACUGACGAGAAAAAGCUUCUAGUUUAAGAUGAUUAAUUUUUUUCCUUUUGGGUUUAUUUGAAAUUGUGAGCACUUUUGAGAAACUUUGAAAAAUAUCAUUGAUAGAAAAACGAAGAUUAACUCGCCAAAAGAUUUUAUUUUUGAAAAUGUAUUAAUUAUGAAGAGUUUCACACGAGUUUGAGAAAUAUUGUGGUUAGUGUUUCAAUAUCGCUCUUGCUUUCCUUCAACAUGUCAUCGUGCUUUUGGAACUGAAAAUAUAAACAAAUUGGGAAACGCCUUUAAAUAAGUAUAGCCUAUUAAAGCUAUCUUCGAUGGUUACGCCGACUUUGACAUCAAUUUCCCUCAAGUACCUUACAAACUUAAGUAUGUCACGUUUCCUUAGCGGUUUUUCGCUGUAUUGAAACCGACGAUAAUGCUCCCCAGAAUCAUAAGUGAACUUUCGAUAGUAUUAUGUACGGGUGAUUUGAACCAAACAAAAAUUUUUAUACUUCGUACGUUUCCUUUAAAAAUUUCAUAUUUAAAGGAGUUUCCCAGAUGAAUUGGAUUCGUACCUCAGAUGUUUCGUUGUGCGUGAAGUUUAUUUACUCACCGUUUUCUUUUGCAGCUCACGUAUGACUACAAGUUCGACUUUGAAGAUGAAGAAAACAAGAUUCCAUGCCUUUGCGGUGCCCCGAAUUGCCGCAAAUGGAUGAACUAACGCGAAGACAUUUUGUGUUUCAACCAGAAAUUUAUUUAUCGUUAUUUAUUUAACGUGUUUCCCUUGACGGAAUGUUCUACAGUUUUUGGCCGGUUCAAAUCCUUUAAUUUCUUACUCAUUAAGACUGUGAGGAAUAUAUAUAUAUAAAUAUAUACAUCGAUUGUACGCUGUAUAAUUAAGAAAUAAAGUUUUAGUUCGCAUUUUUUUCUAACACAGGGAAGUCAAACCGCAAAAGUUAAAAAUGUCUCAGAAAUUAGUCCAUUCAGUGAACUCAUUAAAAUUGCUUGCCUUUUUUCGUUUUUUUGUUUUUUUGGUUUUUUGGUUUCUUUUUCUUUUUUUGUUUGCCCUGAAGUGCAGCUUAAUAAUGACAAUAAUUAUAGUCCCAAAAUUGUUCAGAGUUUUUUAAAAAUUUUACACGCGCCGAAUGCGUGAAACAUGAAAUGUAGUGUACAUAUUACGGUAUUGCCUGAAGUGAAGUUUUAUUGAAAAUGAAGAAUAAAUAAAGACGCUUAGAAACAG